GGUAGGCGACUUUGAGCGAAUAAGGUAUGCGAGUCUAUCGCUGCAGCCUUGAGGACAAUAUUGUAGGCGAGCCGAUUCGGGACGCCGUUUGCUUCUGCCUGACCGCCGGGCUACAUGCAUCGGUACGACGUGAGUGGUUCAGCCUGAUGGGUCCCCUCCGGAUUAGAUAUAAUAGCUCAUCAGUGAGGCUACAAUGAGUCACUUGCGGCGAGAUAAGUAGGAGGCUUCAAUCCUCAGCCCCUCCAGUCAUCUCUCAUCUAAGUUUCCUCGGUACCCCUCGAUGCCAACCUGGCCUCUCACCUCCCCUUCAGCCUUGUCAUCUCUUACUAGUACCAUCUCUCCUCUUCAAUUCCUUUCGAACCCAUUCCAUCUUCUUCCUCUUGUAGCCCUUCUCUCUUCGCCUAGCAUGGCACGAACGAAAGAGACACCCCGUUCCUCCACCGGCCCAUCCACCAGGUCACGGUCCCGCUUUUCCCCCGGUCCGUCGACCCGCUCCCAAACCCGCAAAGUGCUCCGCUUAGACACCAAACCUAAGCGGGCCACAUCCCGCAGGGCCAAAGCAGCACCACUACAGACUACCCGGGUCCUCCGCUCCACCACCACGCCCUCAUCUACAACCCACGACCCAUCCCAAGCGCCUCCGCCGCACAUCCCUAGGAAACCCCUACGCCGCCGCACUCGCACCGACCCAUGGCUCCCCAAACGCAAGCCCCCCAAAACGACCCGGAAACCAAGGGCGCCUCCGCGAACUCACCGGACCUGUCGAGUCUGUGCGGAAGAGCAACCGGUGGCUGACUUCAUUCCCUAUGUCUCGCCGCGCAGCUACCGCUACCGCGCCCCCGAAGUCCCGUACGCAUGCAUCUCACACCUCGCGCAAAACCCCUAUGCCAAGCACAUCGACCCCGUCUGCAAAUCCUGCAUCGGCGCCAGCAUGGCCGCGCGACUCGACCUGCUCGGCGCGCGCAGGGUAAGCUUCGGCUGUCUCGAACCCGGCUGCAAUGCCUUCUGGGACUUCGACUUCGUCAUGAAAUACUUCCCCGCUGGUGAAGCGCUUGAAAAGUACAACGAGGGCAUGCUGCGCGUCUGGCUCGAAGAUGCUAAAAUGAUAACAUGCAUCAACUCGUCCUGCGCUGCGCAGGGCCUUCCCGAUCCGCGGAGCCCGGGAUAUCCGCAUGUGCAAUGCCACGCCUGCAGCACACGCAUGUGCGCCUCUUGCAACGUACCCUGGCAUACGGACCUGACCUGCAGCGAGUACGCGGCACGGCACGUGAACGCGCAGAUGACAGACCCAGAGAAAGACACGCUGAAGAUUAUGCAGGAGAAAGAUGGAAAGAGGUGUCCGAAUUGCUUUAUAGUGAUCGAGAAGGAUGGUGGGUGCGAUAGUGUGUAUUGCAUGGGGUGUCGAACCUAUUUUGAUUGGAGUACCGCGGCGAGGGCAGUGCCAGGGAGGAAGAAGGUUGUGCCAACGGAGCAUCUGCCGAUUUGGGAGAGGGAGGUAGUUUGUGAGGCGGAUGCAUUGGCGAUAAAGGAGAAGCAAUUGGCUGAAGGCGUCGAGGGAGCGCCUCCUGUUGUUGCUGCUGCCUGAGUAGAAGUUGUUCAACUUGGAUGUGAGAAACGGAGUUUUGGUACAGGGCUGGUUAGGCGCAUUAGGCGUUCGGAAACCUCACAUGAAUUUGUAACGAAAUAUGCAAACGGACGAGCACCAUGAUUUGACAGGUCCUUGGGCCCCAUAAAUGUAAUAAAUUGUCUCUG